UGUAUCUCAGGGAAAGUGGGACCUGCACCCUCUGGGACUCAAGCUCAGUGGCUUCUUUUAACUUGCUUGAGGGGGUGGGAGUGGGAGAAUAAUCUCUUCCCUAGAGAAUAUCCAAAUAUUCAUAUCAUCUUUAGUGUUUCUAGUGCCACAAAACUAAGGCAGGGGAGUUGGUACGUCUGGGGAGCCGUGAGUAAGCAAGGAGACAGGCAUCGGUCUCCUACUGAUUUCACAAACACGCUUCCCGUCUUUUCUUGACCUUCAGUCUUCUGCAUGGGAGGCAGCCGGGAGGCAAUCAGGUUAAUAAAGGCAAAUAGAUAGGCAAAGUCCUAUGGGACCAACACAGACACCAUCAGCAGACAACAUAUAGAGGGGUGGGAGAAAGUAGACAAGACAGGCAGCUGAACUGGAGUGGGAUGGACUCCUAGAUCCCUCUGACAGGUGCAAAGUUCAUUCUUAGGAACCCUCAUCCUCAUAAGAUAACCUUAUCAGGGGCCUGACAGGCCCCCUCCUCCAGAGAGGACUUUAGUCCACACUAGUCACACAGUGCACGGGCACUGACUGGGGCAGGUACUGUGAGGGGAGCCACUUAUCUGCUCAUACACAUCAUGGAGUCAAAUGGGGCCCGACUUCGGAGGAGAGAGGGACUGGGAGAGAAACGAGGAAACAACUCCCCCCUCGAUGAAAGUACCAAAGGACAUGAAAUUCCUGACCUGGUGCAAUUGACAAGGCACAUGGAGGCUGUGAAGGCAGAGUUGCUGGAGAAAGCCCACCAGCAGCUGGCUGAGCUGUUUGAUCGGGCCAUGUGGGAAGCUGUGCAGUCCUACCCACCUCAGGGGAGGGGCCUAGCCUCCAACUCCCCGGAAUCCCCCAAAAGAGCCCGGGAACCAAAUCUGGACAGACGGAAAGUUUUCAUUCAGCGCAAGUCACUGCUCGACGAGCUGAUGGAAGUCCAGCAUUUUCGAACCAUUUAUCAUAUGUUUAUUGCGGGAUUAUUUGUCUUCAUCAUCAGCACACUGGCCAUAGACUUCAUUGAUGAAGGAAGGCUAGUGCUGGAGUUUGACCUCCUGAUCUUCAGCUUCGGACAGCUGCCCCUGGCCCUGGUGACCUGGCUGCCCAUGUUCCUAUGCACACUCCUAGCCCCAUACCAGGCUCUUCGGCUAUGGGCUAGACCCAGGGGCCAGGGGACCUGGUAUGCAGGGGUGGGGCUGGGAGUGGGGCUUCUAGCCAUCCAAUCCAUGGUGUUGGUUGCCCUCCCAGUCCACGUGGCCCUUGUGUACCAGCUGUCUCCUGCCUCACGCUGUGUUCUAGUCUUUGAGCAGGUCCGGUUCCUGAUGAAAAGUUACUCCUUCCUGAGGGAAGUCACACCUGGAAUCCUCCAUGUUAAAGGAGGGGAGGGGGCACAAGCUCCCAGUUUCUCCAGCUACCUCUACUUCCUCUUCUGCCCCACACUCAUCUAUAGAGAGAGUUACCCCAGGACAACCCAUAUCAGGUGGAAUUAUGUGGCCAAGAACUUUGCCCAGGCCCUGGGGUGCCUGUUCUAUGCCUGUUUCAUCCUUGGCCGUCUCUGUGUGCCAGUCUUUGACAACAUGAGUCGGGAGCCCUUCAGCACCCGGGCCCUGGUGCUCUCCAUCCUGCAUGCCACACUGCCUGGUAUCUUCAUGCUGCUGCUCAUAUUCUUCGCCUUUCUUCAUUGUUGGCUCAAUGCGUUUGCAGAGAUGCUACGGUUUGCAGACCGAAUGUUCUACAGGGACUGGUGGAACUCCACAUCCUUCUCUAACUACUACCGGACCUGGAACGUGGUGGUCCAUGAUUGGCUCUACAGCUACGUCUAUCAGGAUGGACUUCGGCUCCUGGGCGUCAGGGCUCGAGGGCCAGCCAUGCUCAGUGUGUUCCUAGUCUCUGCCAUUGUCCACGAAUACAUCUUCUGCUUCGUCCUGGGAUUCUUCUACCCAGUUAUGUUGAUUCUCUUCCUUAUCGGAGCAAUACUUAACUUUAUGAUGCACGACCAGCACACUGGGCCUGUGUGGAAUGUCCUCCUAUGGACGAUGCUUUUCCUGGGCCAGGGAAUAAUGGUCAGCCUGUACUGUCAGGAGUGGUAUGCCCGGAAGCAAUGCCCAUUGCACCAGGUGACCUUCUGGGGAUGGGUUACCCCACGAUCCUGGUCCUGCUACGUCUAAAGAUCAACGUGCUGCUUUGGCCAAAGUCUAGUCCUGGGCUUUUACUUCCCAGAGUCCCAGCUCCACCACCUGCCCCUUUCCCUGAAACCAAGGCAGUACAGUCCUCAGUGCCACCCCUGUGGCAAAAACCAGCGCUACUACAUGAAACCCAUCAGCGGGGGGCCGGGAAAGAAAGCAGGAGGCAUAUGGACAGCUGGGCGGAAAUAAAGGUCGUCUCUCUUCCUCCGCCCCAGGUUUCAGACACAGGACUCUGCCCAUUCUAUACCUCUCUAGAGUGGAAGGCACUUGGAGGGACCUUGGAAGGACUUGGGAGCAUAAGGGAACUUGAAUGAACUGGGUGGGGAGGGAUUGGGAGGGGAGGGUUGUCUGCUGUUCCUCUUCCUCCCAACAAUAAACUUCCCUUUCUGAGUCCA